ACCCUUCAUUUUUCUGCUUUUAUUCACUCCAUUUUUUUCUUCCUCUUUCUUCUUUUGUCACACAUUCCAAAUUUCCCAAAAUCUGCAACAUCUCUUUCCCAUUUCAAAAAAUCUCCCAAAAAGGAAAGUCAAAGAGAAAUGGCAGAUCAACUCACAGAUGAUCAGAUCUCUGAAUUUAAAGAAGCCUUUAGUCUCUUUGACAAAGAUGGAGAUGGUUGCAUCACAACUAAGGAGCUUGGAACUGUAAUGCGGUCGUUGGGGCAGAACCCAACUGAGGCCGAGCUUCAAGACAUGAUCAAUGAAGUUGAUGCUGAUGGAAAUGGGACAAUUGAUUUCCCGGAGUUCCUUAACUUGAUGGCUCGCAAGAUGAAGGACACUGAUUCUGAGGAGGAGCUCAAGGAAGCUUUCAGAGUGUUUGACAAGGAUCAGAAUGGAUUCAUCUCCGCAGCUGAGCUUCGUCAUGUCAUGACAAACCUCGGUGAGAAGCUUACUGAUGAAGAGGUCGAUGAGAUGAUCCGUGAAGCUGAUGUGGAUGGGGAUGGGCAGAUCAACUACGAGGAGUUCGUCAAGAUUAUGAUGGCCAAGUGAGAACUGAUCAAUCCAACAUAAUCUUUAGAAGUAAAAUACAAAAGAGAAGGAAACAGGGCAGAUACGUUUGUGAGAUUUCUAUUCCAAAUUAGGAUAUGUUCUUUGUGCUUGCCUAUUUUCCUAUUCGCGUGGUUCUGUAGUGCUCUUCUUCAGUAUAUGCCUGUUUACCCUGUUCCUUGUCUUAGUAGUUUGGGUUGUUAACAACUUCUGGUAAUUUCUUCCUGAAUUUCGGUAUUGUGAACAUAUGACAUGUCAAAACCUUUUUUUCUUUUGUAUUCUAAGUGACUAAUUUCGUUCA